AUGGUAGCAGAAGGGCAUGGUGGUAAAAUGCUAACUUUGAUCAAUAAAAGAGAACAUUUUAUUGAUUGUAAGAAAGAGAAUUACCAAAAUAUCAUCUUCUUCUCUAUCUCUUUUUUCUCUCUCAUCGGAAGCCCUAACCAGCAACUCCUUUUUCCGCCGCCGCCGCCAGUGACUUCACCAAUGGUCAUCGAUAUGUUUUUGGGUCAGGUACGGGGCAUCUUGGCACAACUGGGCUAUGAGAAGCUGGAUGAAAUAAUUGGCCGAACAGAUCUACUAGGACCACGAGAUGUAUCGUUGAUGAAAACACAGCAUCUUGAUCUCAGUUAUAUUCUAUCUUGUGUUGGAUUACCAAAGUGGAGUAGUACUCGAAUCAGGCUUCAGGAUAUUCAUAGUAAUGGCCCCGUUUUGGAUGAUAUUUUACUCUUAGAUCCGAAACGGGGGAGGUUGAAGGGCAGAUCGCAAUGGUGGCUUGAAGAAGAGAGGGCAAGGGGAAGGGGCUAACACCGGCGCCGGCGACAGAGCUGGGUUAGGUGGUGACGGUGGUGGGGUGUGUGAUUAAGGAUAAAAAUGGAACAUUGUGUGUGUAUUGAACAAAUUUAUUAUUUAUUAAAUUAUUAAAGGUGUGAAUUAAGUAUUGGUGUGUCUUGAGAUGAUAUAUGGUGUGUAAAUAGAGG